GAGAUUAAUUGAUCCGGAGUCCCAUUUAUGAUGCAGCAGCAGCAGCAGCUCCUCGAUGAAUCAUUGAUGAGCUUCACAAUCGCAUCUCCCUUCCUCCUUUCUUGAAAAUCCAGCUCGAUGUUCGCCCCAUUCAAUCCAAGCAUCAACAUCUCUGCAUAAUCUUUGCUUCUUCCACAAUGAUCUCUGACGCACGCUGACCAUAAAAAAAAAAAUUGAAUUUUUAAGCAAAUCGCAGGCCAAAGACGAGAUUUUUGUGUGCGAGGGAGUGGAUCUGACGCUUCUAUCAAGAGUGUAGAUUGUUGAUGACCAGAAGCUUGAAGGAGGAAGGAAGAAGACAAGCAGAGCCACCAGGAUCCAAAUUUACUUGUUCCAUUGAGACUUACCAGCCAACUCUCAACCCCUCCCUCACCCACUCCCAUGGCGACGACGAAGGAACUCAGCAGACAACGCAACCGCACCAACCAAUCCAAGUUAUUAAACUAAUCGGCUACUUUUCGUUUAUCAUCAGCCAGUUCCUUUUUCUCCAAAGAGAGAGAGAGAGAGAAUGGAGGGCAAAAGAUGAUAUCUUUGUAAACUGGAAGCUGUUUUGGGUCCCCAUGAAGAUUGCAGGAGGUGAAUCAACACAGCUCACCAUUCCAUUCCAUGCUUUGAUUCUCUGAUCGCGCUUCCGCUAGUAAAAAUCGUUCCUUUUUCUCAUCGCCCGCCGAUUGCUCCAUUGGCGGUCGCUUUGCUGUUCUUUCUCCUUUGAUCUUGGCAUUUCUUCAAGGAUCUUCCUCUGCGGAACUAUUGCAUCGCUUGCCUGUUCGGUUCUUCUUCCCCGAGCAAAAUGAGAGCCGCCGAAGGAGUCGUCUCCGCCAGUAGCCCAGCCGAGCCCCGGCAUCGGUCCGCCGGAAACCCAUCCAGUGAUUUUGCUAACAAGAGAAAGCCCCAAAGGAGCAGUGACUAUAAACAAGCUGACAAGCCAUUGAUCAAUGUUUUACAAGAGAGAAUUUUUGUGUUGAAGCCCUGUUCCAUUCGACUCGUCUUGUUAACCAUCAUCUGCGGCACCGUGCUAACGAUCCUCCACUGCCCGGUGGCUUACCAUAAUGACCAUGGAUUGCGAACCGAUUCUAGGUCCAGGUUCAUCGAUGCCGGGUGGAUUUGGGACAAAGGCAAAUUGGAUCCCCGUUAUGUAUCGAACUCAGAUGUCGACUGGGCUCAGAUUCUGAAAUGUAUCGAAAAUUCGAAUAUGGAACACGAAAAACCGAAAAUUGGCUUACUGAACUUCAACAUCUCUGAGAUCAAUCAAUGGCAUCAGAACUUACCAUAUGCUGGAUUCUCUGCCAUUCGUCUCGAUUACGCACCGAGCAAUCUUACAUGGGAUGUUCUCUAUCCGGAAUGGAUCGAUGAGGAACAAGAAUCUGAAGUCCCUUCCUGUCCCAAACUUCCUGUGCCUGAGUUCUCGAAAGCCUACCGCUUCGAUCUCAUAGCGGUCAAGCUUCCCUGCAAUAAAAGCUCAGGAAGCUGGUCUAGAGAUGUGGCUCGGCUGCACUUGCAGCUGGCUGCUGCUGAAAUUGCUGCAAGUUUUCUGGGAAGUCCUAAUAUGGUCCAUGUUCUUUUUGUAUCGAGCUGUUUUCCGAUACCGAAUCUUUUCGGUUGCAAGAAUCUUGUCAAGAGGGAUGGAAAUGUUUGGUUAUACAAGCCGGAUUUGCGAUCGUUGAAGGAGAAACUACAGCUUCCUAUCGGUUCUUGUGAGCUUGCCCUCCCUCUGGAAUCAAGAGAGAGGCCGCAAUCAGAUACUCCUCACAGAGAAGCCUAUGCCACCAUUCUCCAUUCGGCCAACGAUUAUGUCUGCGGUGCCAUUGCGGCGGCCAGAAGCAUUCGCUUGUCGGGAUCGAAGAGAGACAUGGUGAUCCUCAUCGACGAAACAGUCAGCGAUCACCACAGAAAUGGCCUUGCAGCUGCAGGAUGGAAGAUCAAGACGAUCACAAGGAUCAGGAAUCCCAAGGCCGAGCGGGACGCUUACAACGAAUGGAACUACAGCAAGUUCCGGCUCUGGCAGCUGACGGACUACGACAAAGUCAUCUUCAUCGACGCCGACCUGCUCAUCCUCCGAAACAUCGAUUUCCUCUUCGCGAUGCCGGAGAUCACGGCGACGGGCAACAACGCCACCUACUUCAACUCGGGAGUGAUGGUCGUGGAGCCUUCGAACUGCACGUACAGGCUGUUGAUGGAGCACAUCGACGAGAUCGAAUCCUACAACGGAGGCGAUCAAGGGUACCUGAACGAGAUCUUCACGCGGUGGCACCGCAUUCCUAGGCACAUGAACUUCCUGAAGCACUUCUGGAUCGGCGACGAGCCGGGGAUCAAAGCGGCCAAGACGCGUUUGUUCGGCGCCGACCCCCCUGUUCUGUACGUGCUGCACUACCUGGGGCUGAAGCCGUGGCUGUGCUUCAGGGACUACGACUGCAACUGGAACUCGGAGAUAAUGCGGGAGUUCGCGAGCGAUGCGGCGCACGCGACGUGGUGGAAAAUGCACGAGGCGAUGCCGGAGCAGCUGCAGAGCUACUGCCUGCUGUCCACCAAGCAAAAGGCGAGAUUGGAGUGGGAUCGAAGGGAGGCGGAGAAGGCGAACUUCUCCGACGGACACUGGCGGCGGAAGAUACGCGACCGGCGAUUGAAGACGUGCUUCGAGGAAUUCUGCUACUGGGAGAGCAUGCUCUGGCAUUGGGGCGAUCCGAAUUGGGCGGAUGAGAACGUGACGACGGUUACUCCAACCGCCAAACUGCCCGCCUUAUUAUUAUUAUGAUCCAUCCAUAUAAUCAUAUAUAUAUAUCAAUAUCAUUGCAUUGUUAUUUA